CGCAGUUAUGUACAGGGGGGGGGUUUUCCGUCGGAACGUUAAAGCCGUCAAUCUUCUGACACACACACACAAAGAACGCUGACCUGGAACAUACGGCAACUGGAAGAACUUCAGAGGAACCCUCCGAGGACUUUACACUCGGUCCUUCACCCACUUCCUGUUCCGCUUCCUUCAGGGAAUUUUACUUAACGAGGCCUCGAGAGACGGCGAGCGGCGCAGACGUGAAACGUGAACUCCAGGCAAAGCGGCAGGACGGAAUAAACCUCAUCGCUUUGUUCGGAGAAAUUGAACAACUCUUUUUUUUUUAAAUAAAGGGACGCGCAGGAAGUAAGGAAGGAGGUUUAGUGUAGAACGAUGACAGCGAUGUAGUCUGCUCCGUAUUUACGUAAAUGCUACGUGUUUGUUUUGCCGUGAUUAAACGCUAGGCGUGUGAGUGAACAAUGGCGAAAACGCGCAAGCAGGAUAUUAUGAAAUCCUACGGAGCUACUUCCUGUCCGACUCCCUCGCGUGUCUUCUUACGAUUUUAACCGGCGUAUGUGCGAGCUUAGUAUCUGUCUGACAUGCACAGAUGGGACGCUUUGUCGUGUUCGUUUGCCGUCCCAGUGGAACUGAACCUUCACCUGACCUCUUAGCCAAUCCGAGUAAGGGCUCAUGAAUAUGCAUAAGUGCGUGUGAAACCCGCAGCCCAGCAAUGGAUGGCAAGCUUCGAGACGAUUUGUUCCGGAGGUACACGGCGUUCCUGGAGAAGCGGCUGGAAGAAGGAGUGGGCGGAGCUCAGGGAAACGCCAGGGAGGAAGCCUUGGUCUCCACGGCGACCGCCCUGCUAGGGGCGUGCGAGGCGGAGGCGGGGCAGCGGUUUCGCACGAUCCGCUUCUACGACAUCGUCGAGAAUUCGCUAAGAGCGCUGAGGGGAGCGAACCUGCACGCGCUGGAGAGCGCCUUCGCCACACUGGAGACCAUCUGCACCAACCUGCUGCUCUUCCCCUGGAAGAAAGAGUUCCGCUGCAUUAAGACUUUCACCGGGCCGUACGUCUACCAGCUCCAGUCGGCCAUCUGCGACUCCGACCUGCGCGCCGUCCUGCGCUCCAUGGGCUACUCUCGGGAGCAGGAUCUGCAGUACGUGGUGAGAGAUCAGCACUCCGGCGCCCAUCACCUCCGCCAGCUGGCGUUCGAGCUGCUCCUGGCGCAGGCCGAGUGCCGCCUUCUGAGGGAGCGCGGAGGGGGCGUGGCCGAGCUGGAGGCUGUGGAGGCGCGCAGGAGCUCCGGCGAUGACGUCACGCGCUUAUCGGCGCGCCAGUCCGACCCCGACCGUGUCCACCUGAGGCGCAGCGGGCGCCCUUCCAAAUCCGUAGACGUGACGGACAGCGCCGGUCACUGGCACCAAGCCAACAAACCCGUCCUCAAAACCUCGCUCAGCCUCCGCAAAGAACCGCUAUUCGUCGACGCCGAAGAGGACCUGAAAGACGAGAUAAUCCGCCCUGUCGGAGAUUAUUACCCCUCUCAGCCGUCCGAGCCGUACCCGUACCACCUCUCCUCUCUAGACGAGAUCGAUCUGUACACGGAGCGCGGGAUGAGCGGCCGCCACACGCCUUCCAGGACGCCCAGCAGGGAAUCCUGGGAAUCCUGGGCGCCGAAGAGUCAUGGAUUAAAGUGUCAGGGUUGCGGGUUGAGCUCGCCGACGCUCUCUUCCUGCCAGAGGUGCGACGCCAUCCUCUGCCCGACGUGCCACGGCUCGGACCCGGCUCCCUGCUGCGGCUUUCCGGACUUCCCGAAAAACUCCUCGCGCCCUCUGGACGGCUACGUCCCGGUCAAGGAGAAGCUUUCGGUUUACUCCAGCUCGCACCCACACACCCAUACUCACGCUCACACACACACUCUGACACACACGCACCCGCUCUCACACUCGCAUUCCCACUCGCCUCUUCUGGACAAGCCCAUGAUCGGCACCAAGCUGUUCCCAAGCAAGCCGGCAUCGGCGGCGGUGGCGUCCGCGUCCGUGUCCGGCGCAGGAGGAUCGCGCUGCGGCUUCUGUAACAAACCGGGAGCCUCGCACACGUGCGUCAACUGUUCCAAGGUGUCGUGCGACCCGUGUAUGAGCCUGUACAUGGGAGACGUGUGCACGCGCAAGAGUCUGCACCAUAAUUUCGUACCCAACCACCAGCUCAACUACAAAUCCAGCACCAUUUCUCAUCUGGUGUAUCGAUAAACAACCCAUCUCUACAUUUCUCUUCUUCUUCUUCUUCUUCUCUGUUUAUCCUUCACCGUUUCGGGUUUGUUUCUCCGUCCCCUCAUCGUCCGGUCACGUGAUCUUCUCGUUCUUCCCUUACUCCUUUUACUCCUUUACUCUCCUGCCUUGACUUUCUUGAUUGUAGAGAGAGCGAAGAACAAAGUGGACGCCCGGGGGGGGAAGAAGAAAAAAAAAAACACACCCCGACCGGACAAUGACAUAUGCAACGGACGUCGUGGAAAACGCAAAAGAACAACAAAUCUCCUCGCUCUGGAAACGAAGAAGAAGCUUGAACAAACCCGGACAAAGGGAACACACACACACACACACACACACACGAUAAAAAAAUAAAACACUGGAAAUAAUUCAGUAGUAUAUAUUUUGAAUCUUAAUUCUAUAGCUCUAUGUGAGACUCUGGAACGGUUCCGCCGUCGUCAAACGUCGGGUUCAGAUGAGAAAAUAUUUUCACGUGUCCCAUGAAGCUGUCCAAAAUGCUGCUGUGAAAUAAAUCAGGUGGAGAAAGUUGACGGCCCGAUCACAUUGAUUGUGUUGGAGUGGAGCUGGAACGCAAGCUUUCUUUCUUUCUUUCUUUCUUUCUUUCUAUUUAUUUCUUUUUAAAGCUGUGUGCGCUAGUACGAUAGCUGAUAUAAAGCUUUUCUGCCGUUUAGGGCUGGGCGAUAAGGACUCUACCACCACACCGCCGAUAUUUCGGGACGUUUCUAUACGUUACGCACACGAUAUAUCGUUCUGAGGUUGCAUUUAAAAAAAUCAACGUUAAUUUUAACGAUGCGUCUUAAUUGAUUAUCGGCUACAAAAAAAAAAAAAAAAACACAGAGAAACUUUUUUCUUCUUCUUUCCAUCGGUACAAAUAAAACCCACCUUUUUAAUAUUUUACCGUUUUAAAAUUUCAGACUAGAGACGAUAGACGCGAUAUCACUUUUUCUGUUUUACUUCCCAGUUAAAACCGUUUUACAUUCUAUAUGUAAUAAAUAUCAUUAAAAAAAAAAAAUUCAAUCAAUCCUAACAGAAGGAAAACAAAUCACGUCAUGUUUCCUUAUACGGUCGUACGUAACUUCUGACGUGACGCCAAAAAGAAGCAACAGACGACACGCACGAGGUUACUUAUUAAAUAUAACCUAAAUGCCACUACGGUGAAAACGCGAUGGAUAAACCGAUCGGGAAAAUAACCGCCCGAGCGUUUAAAAGUCUCGGGUUCUGAUUUUAUUUACACGCGGAGACUAAAUCAGUGUGAUCGGGGCGCGGCUCCUCUCCGACAAGCUCUCGACCGUACACUCUUCUCGCGUCUCUUUCGUUAACGCGGCCGCGCAGCGGAUACCGGACGCCGGUUUAGAGUCUCUGCGCGUUUCUUUAACACACUUCCUCCUUCUGUUUUUUUUCUCGUUUGUUUGUGUUUUCUUCAUAAUAAUAAUCGUACACUAAUACUGCGUUCACAUGUCCACGGAUCGAUCGGAGACCUCCGGGAUCUCCGGUCAGAAGCUUCGUUGUUGAGAUGUUUUACUUGUUUAUGUAGUUUUUUUUCUUUCUUUCUUCUGAAACGUCUUUAAAUAAAUAAAUAAAUAAAUAAAUAAAUAAAUAAAAGACCAAAAAUGAGCAAACUAUCCGGAUAUAACAAGACGUCGAAGUCUACGAUACACAAUGUGGAAAUCUUUUUUUUUUUUUUUUUUAACAAUUCACUACGAACAUUCCGACCGUCUGCUUCAAAUCAGAGCUUGUAAUUAUUAUAAAAAUGACCAAAGUACUGGCGAUAUUUCAAAAAAAAAAAUAAUAAAGUAUUGCUGUAUCGAUUAUCGUGAUGUACCGAUAUAUCAUCGUAUCGCCCAGCUCUAGACUGCACUGUAGGAGCGUGUUAAGGAGCGCACGUUAAAUACCCGAUUUAAAAAAAAUAAAGCGUGAACCCACGUCUUAUUUUCUUUAAAGUACGUUAACUCCUUUUUAAGUCCAAAAGAACGCUCUGUUUCCCCCAGACAACGAUUAUUAUUCCGAUCCGUUCCUUCCGAACCGUUAACGUGUGAACGCGGCAUUACGGACGUCAGGGAGUCCGUCUGCGACCCGAACAGAGUGUUCGUCCGACGCCCCGGCGAGGUUCUGUAAAUAUUUCUCACCGGCUCAACUAGCAAAGCUAAUUGUUUAUUUCGAAUCGUCUUUAAGAUGCGCUUCCGUCAUUCGGUUUCCGUCUCCGGUACACGACACUGCUCGUACCGUACGGGUUUAUUCUUUAAAAAUGGACUGCAUUUAUUUCUUUAUCGAUUAUGCGGUCGGUUAAAAGGACGACUCCGGAAAUCACUCCAGCAUGAGCUACAUGGUUUUUUUUGUUUGUUUGUUUGUUUGUUUGUUUUUGUUUGGAAGAAGCUAAUUAACGCGAAUCAAUCGGCUCUCGCUCGACCUUACACCCCUGUGUGUGUCGUAAACGUGUAGGUUUACAUGUAAAGAAAAACCAAGUGAACAGACGUGAACAACCACCAGCCCAAAUCCCGCAAAUCGCGCAAUGUGAACACAAAGAGCCGAACAACAACACGUGACUGUUGAUAUAUUGUGAAAAAGACACUUGAUUGUGAGCAGUUCAUCCCAAAGUGUUGCUCUGUUGAAUUAAUAUUCAUUUAUUUUUAAAAACGUUACAAAUAAAAUCAUUGCUUCUAACGAGUUAUUAUCUCUUGAACUCAUUCUGUCUUUCGCCUCGAUUGUAGCCGAUCGGCCAGGGCUGAAUUCUUGCCAGCAGCGUCCAGGUCAGCGUCGCGCGAAGCCGACGUGAUAUUAAUGACGUACACAAAAUGGCUGCCACACAUGUACAAAAUGGCCGCCGGACGUAUCCUGCUCUCACUUCGUCAGGAAUCGCCGAUACACUAAAGUAAACAGUACGAUUCGACGUGUCGGUUUAAUGCCUCCUACGGUGUUGUUCAAGCUACCGCUGUGUUUGAAAGAUCGACGUUAAAGUCGCCUCUUUCGCCGCCGCUACGUUCGCCGUUGACGCACAAGAUCAGCAGUCUGAGCCACCGAACGCCUAGACAAAGCCGAUCGUAGGAUUAUUUUUACGCACGGAUUAACGACGCGGUCCGUUUCUCCGUGCGGCGGAACAGUCAUCCGGCGUCCGCUCGGAGGAACACGAGGAAAGCGCUACCCGCCCUCUUCCGCAUACACUCGCUCACGGGUGCUCUGAUCGGCUAGCGUCACCGCGAUCGAUCGACACCGACGCCCAAACUCCCCCCCCAUUUCAGCCCCGUUUUAUCCAUUCGAGUGAAGACGGACGGGACAUCAGCUUCGCUGAUCACGCGCGUAGAUCUUCUCUAGAUGUUUCUCAAGUUGCAGAGGCCCGCCACACAAACGUGACCUUCCUCAGGGCAUCCGUGUUAUUCCGAGCAGAAGAACGUGUGGAGAUUAGAACGUUGGUGGAAGAGAUAGAUUAUCCGUUAGCCGCGUUAACCUCAGAACUCCAGCACCAACGUUCAUGGACCGAUCACGCCGGUUCUAAGGUUUCUCGUUGUUGAAGAAUUGAAGAGAACCUUCCACGCGUCACGCCACCGACCAGUUUAACGAUGAUUACCGGGUCAACCCGAGACGUAUUUAUUCUUGUUUUAUCUCAUCCACGCCGAGUCUUAACGGAUUACUACUUAACGAGCGCGUGGUUUAAUUCCGAUCGGCGGCCAUGAUGGAUUCACCAGCACCGGUGUUCCUAUCUUUCCUUCUUUCUUUCCUUCUUUCCCACACGCCAUCUCAUUCGUGCUGCCAUUUUGGAAGUGAAAAGUGAAUCUCCAACUGAGUUUGUAUUAACGAAGCUACAGCAUUAAAAUGAUGACAAACGGUCUUCUGAUUUUUAUUUAUUUAUUUAUUUAUUUAUUUAUUUAUUUUGAUGUUCACGUUUCAGCUGGGUUUAAUAGCUAAACAUCUCCGCUCAAACAUCGUUGGCCAAUCUAGCACUGGAACGAUGCUUGGGUUUGUCUCUCUAGCGGAAGCAAAAAAAAAUCCCUUAAAGGUUCUACGUAGAACCGGACGGUACUACGGGGGAAUUCUCUUUCAGAAACAUCGGAAGAACCCGUGAGGGACCGAACCCGUGUGAGACCUAUCCGAAGGUCUGCCUUAAUCGCGGGGAGGAAUUCCUACGACGCAAAAUUGUCGUGAUAACAAAACAUGUCGUAAAACUUUAAGAGACGAGCCUCAAACGGCGAUUUGAGCGUCACGUGAGAAUCGAAUAUCGGGACGCGUGUCACUAGGACACGUGUAGGUGAGGAGGACGUGACGUGAUGAUCUGUGUUUCCCUCACAUCCUCUUUUCUUUCGGUUCUCUGUCUGUUUCUGCUCUGCGGAUGUUCCUCACGCACGCACACACACGCACGCACACACACGCACGCACACACACACGCACACACACGCACACACACACACACUCACACACACACACACACACAAAGAGAUUUCAUGUUUGUGUUACUGUAAUAAUGAACCCGAGGCGUGUAGAAAGAACUUCAAAUGUUUGUUGGUGAAAAUAUGGAUCUAUAUGAAUCUAAAUAUAUAAAUAAAUAAAUAUAUAUAUAUAUAUAAAGUAUAUAAAUGAUUAAAAAAAAAAAAGCGAUGAUUUUAUAAAAUAAUUCCAAAAAUAAAAUUCUGUCCAAAAAAAAAAUCCGACCUCAUUUCCUGUUUCAGAAUUUUGUUUUUCGGCUGUUUGUAAUGAAAUGUCAUUUUGGUAACUAGAACCUUUACUGGUUCUACUCAGAACCCUUGUAAACGACCGAGUGUUUACGUAUCAGAACGUGCUUACGUAACGAGUAAAACCUUUCUAGGAACCGAGAACCCUUUCUCCUCGGAGACAACGAUUCACUCGGGUACUACAAUACCUCAGUAUGCUUUGGAAAGGGUCCUGGUUUGGAACACUUUGUGAAAGGGGAACACAUAGAACCUUUAAUAGUUCUGAAAAAAAGGGGACAAGCGAAGAACCGUUAAGGGUUCUA